AUGGACUAUUCCAUCUGCAACACAUUGAAAUAUCCAUCAGAAGAUAUUGGCAGUGCACUCAUAAUCUAUGAUGUUGCAUGCCAGUGGAGUAUCCACUUCCAUGAACGGGUGAAUCAAAGCUAUCACCUCUCUCUUCCUCAAUCAAUCAAAAUAUUGCCAGUGAUCGGCAAGUUUCAUCUAAGCGCUCAUAAGCUACUGUGCUUUCCCAGAUUCAGCCUCAAUUUUAUUACAGGAGCUGGUCAUAUUGAUGGGGAAAUCUUGGAGACCCUCUGGGCCCGUUUAACAAGAUUUCCCCAACUGCAAGGUCCAUGA